GAGCGCUCGGAUCCAGGGAAGAUGCAGAGCUCGUUGAGGCCCGAGAGCUCCGGGGGGCUUCAGCUCCUGGUCUGCUUCCUUCUGCUUUACAGUCGCCCAGGCAGCUGCAGCGACAUAAAUACCCACGAUGGUCAGGGCCAAGUAGCAUCGGAGCAGUUCUGGUCGUUCCAAGAAUUUGCUGCUUCAGUCUCCUGGUACUUGCAACUUCUCCUCCAGCAGCUCAUACCAGAAGACCUGUUCUGGGUAGAUGAAAUAGCCGAAGAAGUACUGACCAAGAAGGUGGAGCACCUCAACAGACUCCACCUCCAACAUAGGCUGUGCCAGAAGGAUCAGAAGGAUGGGAAGGCAGUCUCCCCCACUGCAGCCACUGCGGUGAGGUGUAAACAAGAAGAGAAACUUGGACUCUUAUACCCCAAGAAUCCAGCGGUCAAGGUGAGCAAGGACCGAUGCUUUGUCCCCAAAGUAGUUCCAAAGGCUCCAAAGCAAGAAGCAACUCACCCCACCAAGGGCUUCUUUGGGCCAUACCCCACUGUGGGUCUCAACCUUGUUGCUGACUGA